GACGGAGAGACAGCGUUACACUUGGCCGCGCUGUAUGGCAAAGUCGCUUACGUGGAGGUGUUGUUGCGUCGAGGCGCGGAUCCUUUAGCGACGGAUGAAUCGCUCGGGACGCCGCUGCACGACGCGUGCGCGUCGGGGCACGCCGACGUCGCGCGAGCGCUGUGUGACGCCGCGCGAGACGCGGGAACGCUCGCGACGUUGUUAAAGAAGGUCGACGAAGACCAAGAAACACCGUUACAUCACGCCGCGCGCGGCGAACACGCGGAGGUGGUGAAAUAUUUGAUCGAGCUCGGGGCGGACAAGAGCGCAAAAUCGAGCGUCGGAGCGACGCCGUCGGACUUGGUCGAAGACGACGACUCCGUUCGGGCGUUGCUU